UCCUGUCCGUUUCCGUCCUGGACCGUAAUCGCUAGGUAUUUCCAAACACCGUGCAAAGAUAGAUUAGGGUUUCCCAACCCCAUCCCAAUUCCAUCCAUUCGACGGGAGAUAAGAUGUCGUCGGACAGCGGCGUGGUGACGGUGUACGGGGAGACCAACGGGGGGUCGGCGCUGACGGAGCUGGGGGUGAAGAAGACGUCAACGUUCUCGGUGAAGGUAGGGCUGGCGCAGAUGCUGCGGGGCGGGGUGAUCAUGGACGUGGUGAACCCGGACCAGGCGCGUGUGGCGGAGGAGGCCGGGGCGUGCGCGGUGAUGGCCCUGGAGCGCGUCCCGGCUGACAUCCGGGCCGGGGGCGGAGUGGCCCGGAUGAGUGACCCGGGGCUAAUCAAGGAGAUCAAGCGUGCGGUGACCAUCCCCGUAAUGGCCAAGGCCCGCAUCGGGCACUUCGUGGAGGCCCAGAUCCUGGAGGCCAUCGGCGUGGACUACGUGGACGAGAGCGAGGUGCUGACCCCGGCCGACGACGCCCACCAUAUCAACAAGCACAACUUCCGCGUCCCCUUCGUGUGCGGCUGCCGCGACCUCGGCGAGGCCCUCCGCCGCAUCCGCGAGGGCGCUGCCAUGAUCCGCACCAAGGGCGAGGCGGGCACCGGCAACAUCGUCGAGGCCGUCCGUCACGUCCGCUCCGUCAUGGGCGAUAUCCGCUCCCUCCAUAACAUGGACGACGACGAGGUCUUCGCCUUCGCCAAGUGCAUCGCGGCCCCCUACGACCUCGUCAUGCAGACCAAGCAGCUCGGCCGCCUCCCUGUCGUCCACUUCGCCGCCGGUGGCGUCGCCACCCCCGCCGACGCCGCCCUUAUGAUGCAGCUCGGCUGCGACGGCGUCUUUGUCGGCUCUGGCAUCUUCAAGAGCGGUGACCCCGCCCGGCGCGCCCGCGCCAUCGUCCAGGCCGUCACCCACUACAGCGACCCUGACAUCUUGGCCGAGGUCUCCUGUGGCCUCGGAGAGGCCAUGGUCGGGAUCAACCUCAACGGCGACGCCAAGGUCGAGAGGUUCGCCGCCCGCUCUGAAUAAUAAUACACAUGUUAUUAGACAGACUGCAGGCAGGCAGUUCGUUCGACUUCGAUCGAUGGUAUGAUUAUGGUGACGGCUCAGCUCAGCGCUGCUCAACUCUUGCCCAUUUGCCUUCUCUCUAUGCCAUGAUUUUGACAUGCUUUUCGUUUUUUUUUCUUUUCCAUUUUUCCUAGGUAUUAUGUCAAUAAAGUUACAAUCUACUCUUGUAGCAGCUACAGCUAAAAACAUUGCCUUUUCUUUUUCUUCCA